AGAGAGCGAGAGGGAGGGAGGAAGGGCGGGAGAGUGGGACGCAGAGGCAGUGGGAAGCGCCUCACCGUACAAAGAGGAGAGGGGAGGAGAGUGCAGUGGAGGCACGGCGGAGACUGCAGACAUCUUUGCCCGUCCACAAUGGAGCCUGAAGAUGUAGUGGAGCGAUAGCAACGGCAGACAUUGGGGAGGGUGGAAAACCUCUGAGCAGGGGAGGGGGGGCGGGCUCCUCUGUGAGCGCCGGCAGGGGGGGAGGAGACAGAGAAAAGGAUGGGCCUCUGACACACACUUGCAAUGGCACUGCCAGCCUUGGAUUAAACAGUAUGCUGGAUAAGAGUGAGGUGACAACUCUAGGACUGCCUCCCACCACCAGCCAUGGUGGCUCUGACACCAACAUCAGCGUGGACGGCGCGGCGGGGACAUCAGCGGCGGCGGUGGUGGCGGCGGCGUCCGGCGGGGGGGUGGCGGCAGCAGGCGGCGGCGGCGGCGAGAGCUGCUCUGGGAUCGCGGAGCCCCAGCGCACACGCGCUGCCCUGGAGCACCUGCAGCAGAAGAUCCUGAAGAUCACCGAGCAGAUCCGCGUGGAGCAGGAGGCGCGCGACGACAACGUGGCCGAGUACCUCAAGCUCGCCCACAACGCCGACAAGCAGCAGGCCUCGCGCAUCAAGCAGGUGUUCGAGAAGAAGAACCAGAAGUCGGCGCAGACCAUCGCGCACCUGCACAAGAAGCUCGAGCACUACCACAGGAAGUUGAAGGAGAUCGAGCAGAACGGACCGGCCCGACAGCCCAAGGAUGUCCUGCGGGACAUGCAACAGGGCCUAAAGGACGUGGGCGCCAACGUACGAGCGGGAUUCAGCGGUUUCGGCGGCGGCGUGGUCGAAGGGGUCAAAGGGGGCGUGUCUGCGUUCACCCACACCGCGGUGGUGUCCAAGCCCCGGGAGUUCGCCAGCCUCUUCCGCCACAAGUUCGGCAGCGCCGAUAACAUCGCCCACCUCAAGGACACGCUGGAGGACGGCGUGGGCGGCGCCUCGGACGACGCUCUCACCCCGCGCGCGCUGAGCGGCAGCGCCACCUUGGUCUCCAGCCCAAAGUACGGCAGCGACGACGACUGUUCCUCCGCCAGCUCGGGGUCCGGAGUAGGCAGCAAUUCAGGAGGCGCAGGAGGAGGAGGAGGAGGAGGAGGAGGAGGAACAGGAGGAGGAGGAGGAGGAACAGGAGGAGGAGGAGGAGGAGGAACAGGAGGAGGAGGGACCGGGGGAGGCAUGUCGGGGUUAGGCCCCACGCUCGGCAGCCCCAGGCUGGACGGACACCACCACCACCACCAUCAUCACGUGCACAGCUCUUGGGACGCGCUGCUGGAGGGCCUGCAGGAGAUCAAGGCCAGCCAGGCGCACAUGGAGGAUGCCAUCGAGGACAUGAAGAGCCAGCUGCAGAGCGACUACUCCUACAUGACCCGCUGCUUGCAGGAGGAGGGGUACAGAUACGAGAGGCUGGAGGAGCAGCUGAACGAUCUAACAGAGCUGCACCAGAACGAGAUGACCAACCUGAAACAGGAACUGGCCAGUAUGGAGGAGAAGGUGGCCUAUCAGUCCUACGAACGGGCCAGAGACAUACAGGAGGCCGUGGAGUCGUGUCUGACCCGCAUCACCAAGCUGGAGCUGCAGCAGCAGCAGCAGCAGGUGGUGCAGCUGGAAGGGGUGGAGAACGCCAAUGCCCGCGCCCUGCUGGGCAAGCUCAUCAACGUCAUCCUGGCCCUCAUGGCCGUGCUGCUGGUGUUCGUGUCCACGGUGGCCAACUUCAUCACCCCGCUGAUGAAGACGCGGGCGCGGGUGGCUGCCACCGUGUUGCUCACCCUGCUGCUCUUCAUCCUGUGGAAGCACCGGGACUUCUGGGAACCGUGGUUGUUGCCCAGCUGAACACUCACACGACACACACAGAACACACGCGCACACACACACACACAAACACACACACACAGAGACAAGACUGCCAUCUGAGAGACCCCUAGGUACACCCCUUUUGAGGGGUUAGGGACACAGUGAAGAUUGAAACAAAUUCUGUUGGAUUUGAAGCGGUCAUUUGAGCCUCAUGGACCAAAAAACGCUCGGAAUACAUUGUAUUGUGUGUUGAAAGUGAGGCUCUCAUGUUUACAAGGACAAAGAACAUUAAAUAAAGAGAAAGGAAAAAAACUGCCUGGCAACGUUCAGCCACACUACCAUUUUGUCCACUUGUACUAAUAUAUAAAUGUGAAACACUCUAUUUGACAUCGCAAAAAGAAAAGACCAAGGGAGGAUGAUCUUUUUUUUGGGAUUUAUUCAUCCUAUGAUAGAUUCAUCUCUCCGGAGCCUAAUGCAAUGAGACGCGGGGAAAACCUUCCUGUUACGGCAAGAGUCUGUUGUGUACCGAGGGAGCCGAGGAUUUCUCAAUGAAUGCGGAGUGCUCAUGCAUGACCCCAAGUUAGCAUGAGUUCAAAUCCCAUUGCUAACUAAAGUUCUUGUAUUUCUCUUGUUAGAUUAAACAGGACAAAGAAAUGCUAUGUAUCUCAAUUCAUCGAUGUAUACUCUAUUUCACUCCUGUUCUACACAUCUAUUCCUGGUGUUGAAACUGUGCUUUCAAAUGCGUUACUUUGUCCUUUCUGUGUGCUUCGAUAUGCGACUUUCAACGGCCAGAUACAUUUCUGCGGAAUGAAGACAGAUUCAGAUCCUUUCUGUUCAGAAAUGCUGUUAGAGUAUUAUAGGAUUGCAAGUAUUAUAUUAGUUUUCAUUACACUGGCAUGUCAGAUAAUUGGAUCAAAGUUUAUAUCCAGUUUACAAAAUUACUCUUCGAGUCUCAAUAAAGAGUUUCUUAAUAGAUUUACCUUGAAUAUAGCUUAAUCUAUAAGGUUUUAUUACUAUACAAUAUUAUCCACUUUAAGAUUUGCAUCUCUUACAUUAGUUUUGAGGAAAAAUGCACCGGUAUCUAUAUUUAUAUAUAGUAUCCUGCAUAAAAUACACUCAAACAACUCACACACACCCAGGUUUGUUUUAGGACAGAAAACCAGGAGGCUGCUUUCUACUUUUUUAAAUGAGAUGAACGUCAUGAGCUCACAAUUUUUCUGAAGUACAUUUCUAAAUGCUACCAUACAGCCAAACAAAUUUUGCAUUUCUUAUAGGAUAAGUUCUAAUAAGAUGCUUCCAAUAGUCCAUAAGAAUGUACAUGAUUUGAUUUUGCUCCAUGUUGAGUUCAUAAUAAAGCAUUGAUUGGAGACAUCAGCCACUGAUGCUACGUACAACUACUGUA